AUGAGAUCGAGUUGGUAUCGUGUUUUAGUCUUCUCCGCCAUGAAAGCACAGAGAAAGAGGAAGAAGAAGAAGAAGAAGAAGAAGAAAGGUAAAAAGGGAAGCGUAAGCUUCUCAUCAUACUCGCUUCCGCUUGAUCUCAUUAUAGAAAUACUCAAACGAUCGCCGGUUAAAACCCUAAUGAGAUUCCUCUCCGUAUCUAAGCUCUGGGCUUCAAUCAUCCGUAGUCGAAAGUUCAUGAAACAACACUUGAAUGAGUCCUUGAAUAGACCUAGAGGUCUCGUCUUCGUAUUCAAGUCCAAACAUUAUGGUUUAACUACACAUGAAGCAUCACCUUCUCUUGCUUCUUUAGCAAGUUACCUUGUGACUUGCCCAGCCAUAUUUUCUGCUCCUUCAGUUCACGGUUUGAUAUGCUAUGGAUCUCAUUCUACACCCGGGGUAUAUAACCUGUGCACUAGACGAUCCAUUACCUUGCCAGAUCUCGAUUCAUACUCAGAGACCUACAUAACUCAAUUAUAUUUAGGCUAUGAUCCCAUCGACAGUGAUUAUAAAGUGUUGUGCGUCAUGAUAGAAACUCCUGAGUCUGGCAACACACGAGGUUUAGCUAUGGAGAUAUGGGUUUUGACGCUGGGAAGUGAGAAUUCUUGGAAGAUGAUUCAAGACAAUAUUCCACCUCACUCUCCUAUAAGUCAAAACGUGUGCAUCAAUGGUGUUUUGUAUUAUCAAGCUUUGACCGGCGAGGAGCUAGAGAAUUCAGCAAUCAUGAGGUUUGAUGUAAGAUCCGAAAAAAUCGAUCUUAUCAAAGCCGUAAAACUUGAUGAUCUUGUCAAUGAACCUAGCAACUUUCGCAAUUUUUCAAAGCUGAUAAGCUACGAGGGAAAGCCAGCUUUCAUCGUCUUUGAAAAGUACUACGCAUAUAAUAUCGCUUUGUGUGUUCUAGAAGAUGCUGCUAAAGAGGAAUGGUCGAUGAAGACUUUUGUUUUGCCUACUUUAAUUCAUCGGUCUGUUGAUAGGUUUCAAAGGUUUCGAUCCACUGACACUAAGACUGGUGAGCUUUUUUUUUCAGGUUAUCUACUAAAAUCACUUAGUGUUGCCUAUUGUGAUCUGAAGAAACUUAUAGUGAGAAGAGUUCACAUACAAGAUAUCCCUGAUGAGUUUUAUGAUGCAGGAGAUGUAUACCUUGUCUCCUCUGAUCAGGUUGAGAAUCUCAUGUUUUUGUAG